AUGGAUUCGGGUGAAAGCGAUGUUGAACCAGUUCGAUUUCUGUUCGUUGAUAUGAUCUGUUAUUAUAAGCGAAAUCCAAUUACAGCAUUACACUUAUCAGUUGUUCCCGAUGUUAAUGCAUUUCUAUUAUUUUCACCAAAUCAAGGAACAAAUCAAUCUGAAUCUCUUAUAUAUUUACAGAAUGGUUGUCCGUCGAGUAAAGCGCAGUCGAUUAUUGGUAUUGAAUCAGGUCGGCGAUUUUCUUUGCCACUACGAAGCAUAGAAGAUUUCGAAUGUUUCUUUACCUUCAAAAUUGCUUUAACAUCAAUUUCAUUGGAUCGUCCAUAUGUUGAUAUUAUCGUUGUUGCUGAGUUGAAUUUCCUUUCAAGUCUUCGACAGUCGUUUUGCAUAUCAGUAAAACUGAAUUAUGCAAAACUUUCAACAGCACCUACCUCUUGUAUCAUUUCACCUUUCGAUCAUUUAAAACAUUCAUGUAUUAUUCGAAUUCAAGUUCCGUUUUCUUGGUUUCCACUACAAGAUUCUCAAAAACGGAUCAUAACAUUAUGGCGAUCAGUUGGCACAGAUUGUGUCGAAUUCGUUGCCUCAUCUUUUCGGUCAAAUAUUGUUUUACUUCCGCCACCGAAAAAUCUGCAAAGUUUUAAUCUUGAUAAAAAUCAAAAUUCGCAUCUGACAAUCGAAGCUCGUUCCAAUGCUUCAUUUGCACCAAAUUCACUUUCAACGAUAUUGGUGCGCUUUAAAUAUGAUUAUAAAGACAUAAAACUUACGGCAAUACAGAUCAGAUUAUGGCUUGAAUAUCGUUUGGAAAUCAUAUCGGUUUCUACCGCUAAUUCUUCUGUCUGGAAGAUUCUUGUCGAAUCUUUACCACUUCCUGAUUAUCAAAUCACUUUUACUUGCCAAUACAUUGGAACUAAUUAUCUUCAUGAAUACGAUGGUUAUAUAUUAAUGAUACUACUAAGAUUGCGAGGUACCACAGAAGUGAGCGAUUUACUUACAAACGAGUAUAACAGUAAUCAACUCUGGGCACAUUGGCUUGUAAAUUAUUCAUUCAGUGAUAACAAGACAGUCGAGAAUCAUGCGGCAUCAAAACGCUUGUCUAUCAAUUUUCAAAUACUUCCGGAUGCUCCAUAUAUAGUAAUUCCAAUACUCAGGGACACUAAUGUAAUUAAUACAGCAAUAUUAUCGGGGCGACAAACCGGUAUGUCGAUGAAAAUAUUGGCUAUUUCGGACGGUGGAUAUCUUUCAGAUGUUACGACUAAAUCACAUUGUAUAAGCUCAGAAACACGAGUUCUAAAAACAUCGCCAACUUGCAGUUCGGUCUAUGUUGACGGAUCAGAAAUGAGAGGCAUGAGAAAGGCUAAAAUACAUGUGCAUUAUGAGAUUUGGUCGGCGAGUAUUGAGUUAUCAGUAUGGUAUCCAAAAUUUCCAAUGACUGUAUGGAUAUCCGACUCUGUACUUAAUGCUGUAAAAGAAGAACUAUUCCAUGGUGUCGAUUUAAAAUAUUUAUUUAAGAUCCGAAUACUGACCGAUUUUCAUAUCGACGAUGAAGAAACCGGUGAACGAAUUCAUUUAACCGGCGAUCGUGAUACUUUAUUCGAUGUUACUGUUUUAGCGAUGAAUAAAGUGCAUAGUUCAAAUAUUGCAGUUGUGGCGCUUCAAAAAUCUGAGCAUCGAAUACAUGCAAUUGCACAAGGAAUCGGUUCAGCUAGGUCCAUAAUUUGCAAUUUAAUAUUCAUAAGAUCAAAUAUACCGGAUGUUGAAUAUGGUAGUUCGUCGAUCUUGGUGACCGAGGAGGAAGUACGAGUAAAAAGUCUCGCAGUUGAAUCCAUUGUUGACAUUGACUUUUUAAUAUCUCAAGUUCCAAAUAAAUUGAAUACUUUUCUAGUAUAUCCGUCUCUUCAAAAAGUUUUAACUCAAAAAUAUCAGCAUGCAAUUCUCGUUUGUCGAAUACAUUAUUCGGAUGAACAUUGGAUAGAACUAUCCGAAUUAGAUCCAGAACAUUAUUUUCUGGAUGCAUGGUCCUCAAAUGAUCAAGCACUAGGAAUCAGCCGACAAUCAUAUAGUGAAAUCAAUUUGAUUGCUUUACAAAACGUUGACCAAGUGAGUGUCAUAGUGCAAUUAAAAAGUCCAGCACAUUGUGCUGAUCCAGAUGCUAUGCCAAUUGCUUCUCAAGAUGUGCUUAUCGAGAUGCGAUUUGAUCAUACUAAACAAAAAGCAAUCCAAUCCGAUCCGCAAAGUUCCAGUACCAGCAAUUCAUUUAUAGCACAAAAAGUAAGUCAGUGGAGGAGCGGAUUACUGAUUUCGAUAAUGUGUAUUUCGGGUGCAAUAAUAGUAUUAUUGUAUAUUUUGAUUGUGCGAGGCAAAAAACCAUUAAAUGAGGGUUAUGAAAAAUUGGUACUACCAAUUUUAACACGACUUAGCUCAUCUGGCUCAUGCGGAAAAGAUGAAGAUUCUCAAGAAUGGGUUUGGCUAUCAAAGGCACAGAUUGAUGAAUUAAUAUUCAGAUGUUCAAAAAAGUCAAGUAUUCAUGCGAUUGAAAAUUCGACGGAUUCGAUAGGAACUCACAAAAGUAUUUCCUAUCGUGGUUCAGAAAUUAGUAUUUUUAUAUCGCCUCAGGCAACUAUUUCUAUCAAUAGUGAUAGCUUAGGAAGACAUACGAAGAGUUGGCAUAAUCCAAAAAUAAGAAUGACAAGAAAUCCAUUAGCUGAUAGUUCAUCUGAAUACAAUCUUUCGAGGUAUAUUAAUGGUAAGCAAUAA